UCAAGAUUUUGUUCCUUGUAAGUCCGUUAAGCUUCUUGAUCAUGAGUCAUUAGGAUAUACAUAUAAUACAAAUUCUUGAAUCUCCAAUCUAAGCCUAAUUCUUCAAUUAUUUAGCAGACAUUAUUCGUCUCUGCAUCCAAAAGAUCUAUUAAGGAUGAUGUCAAAGGCUUCAUCAUGGCUGCCGAUAUUUUUCCUAUUUGCUCACCUCUUUCAUGCCUCUCAUGCUGAUCUUGGAACUGCCAGCCAGUAUAACCCACCAUACACACCGACGGCAUGUUUUGGAAGUGAUGCAACACAGUUCCCAUCAAGCAACUACUUUGCAGCAGCAGGGGAAGGGAUAUGGGACAAUGGAGCAGCAUGUGGGAGACAAUAUUUGAUCAGUUGCAUUAACUCAGUAUUGCCUCAAGCUUGUAAACAUGGAGAGACAAUUCAGAUAAAGAUCGUUGACCGGGCAAGAAACUCAGUUUCUAGGCCUAUUAGGGAAGGAACCACCAUGGUUCUUUCUAAUGCUGCUCUUGCCGCCAUUGCUGUUCCACAUGCACCUUCUCUCAAUAUUGAUUUCCGACAGGUCUAGAAAUAUUGGUGCAGGACGUCGGAGUCGCAUUGUACAAUUCAAGAAUCUGACUUAUCUUUGGCAUAUUUUAGAAUGAAUCUUUGAUUUAUCCGUCAGUUUUUAUUAGUCAUUGACUAAUUUGUAGUUAAUCUGAUCGAUGGAGAAAUUUAUCAAUAAUAUAAACAAACAAAAUAUGAUUGAUUA